AAGGAUAUGAAACACCGGCUGGGGUUCCUGCUGCAGAAGUCUGACUCCUGUGAGCACGGCUCUUCACACAGCAAGAAGGACAAAGCAGUCACUUGCCAGAGGGUGAGCCAAGAAGAAGUCAAAAAAUGGGCUGAAUCAUUGGAAAACCUGAUUACCCAUGAAUGUGGACUGGCAGCUUUCAAAGCUUUUCUGAAAUCCGAAUACAGUGAAGAGAAUAUUGACUUCUGGAUCAGCUGUGAGGAGUACAAGAAAAUCAAGUCACCUUCUAAACUAAGCCCCAGGGCCAAGAAGAUCUACAAUGAGUUCAUCUCCGUGCAAGCAACAAAAGAGGUGAACCUAGAUUCUUGCACCAGGGAGGAGACGAGCCGGAACAUGUUAGAGCCCACGAUAACCUGUUUUGACGAAGCCCAGAAGAAGAUUUUCAACCUUAUGGAAAAGGAUUCAUACCGUCGCUUCCUCAAGUCUCGAUUCUAUCUCGACUUGGCCAGUCCUUCCAACUGCGGGUCAGAGAAGCAGAAAACACCCAAGGGUUCUUCAGACUGUGCCUCCCUGCUGCCUCAGUGUGCCUAAUUCUCACCAGAGGCAGAAAGCAGGAAUGCCAAGACUCUAUGCUCUGGAGAAUCUGAGGCCAAAUAUUGAUCUGUAUUAAGCACCGAUGCUUUCUCCACGUUGUAGCCUAGUGUCCACGCUGCCUGCUGUGUGAGUCACUUCCAUGUAAAAUUAGAUUUAGUUGUGGGUGUCGGAGUUUUCCUUGGGGUAUGACCCAAUUCAUUUCAAAUUUCCCCAAGUUUCCUUAAGGGUGUCACGUGAGCAAGUCUCCAAAUAAUGUCCCUGUAGGCCUACAUUUUCAAAGAUUGCUGGCAGUGCUCCCUUCCAGCAGUUUGACCUCCAGUCAAUUGAUUGGUCCACUUCCUGUGGACCACACACACACACACACACACACGCAACAUCAGCCAGCAGCACUUCCUACAGACUCUCGAUGUUUAGGUGAGAUUGAUAUGUGUGUAUAUGUACAUAUUAAAUAUACUUAAUAUAUGCAUAUGUAUUUUGUAUAUAUUGUAUCUAUGUAUUCAAAUAUGUGUGUGAAUGUACAUUCACACAUGCACACACAUUUCUACAAGACUAGAUGGGAAAGGCCCUAGGUGCUCAAAUUGGAGUAUGCACGCAUGCUUACACGCAUGUUCUGAUCUCUGGUCCUUCAUACUGUGUUGAACAGGGCAAACUAAAUUAACUGCCAUGCAGGCUAAGAAAGGAACACUAACUUGUGGAAAGCAAGCUCUGUAGAACUAUCGGGUCUUGAUGCUAAGCACUGACGACACACUGAGAACUAAGCUAAGGGGCGAACGCUCUGAAAACUGGCUGACACAGAACUGCCUUGCACCAGUGGUCACGACUGGCACUUUUAGGUCCCUAUGCUGAUGGCUUCCCUCCUUUGCCUGGGUGCUCAGGGCAUGCCAAUUUAGCUGCUGGAUUGGUCUGGAGUUGGGAGAUGAUGGGAUAUUUGAGCCUAGUGAAGGAAAGUGGCCCAGGCCUUGCCAACUAGCCCGCUCAAAGGCCACUGGCUAUGUGAGGGCAGAGGACCUAAAGAUUGUCCUGCUUCUUUCCUCUCUUGAUAAGGUGCUCUUCUGUUCCCACCCCAAGAGCUUUCAGCCGUCAGAUGAGCCUCUUAGUUCACUGUGGUGGGUGGUUCACUUUCGGAACUGUGGCCUGGCUCAAAGCUAUAUACCUACAUUUGUAAAGCUUUGCCACGGGGAAGGUCUUGUUUUAUAAGGAGGAUGUAAGUUCUCACACACUGAAAAGCCCUCCUUGCUUUUCUGCUUUGAGGUAAAAGUUCGUCCACUCUAUCCCAAACAUCAAGGGUAGCAGAGACUGAUGAAAGGAGAGAGGAAAGAAAAAAAAAAGAAAUAAGGCAGGAUAUCAGUUGGUAGAAAUACUGUUUGGAAUACUUGAAAAUUUCUCAUUUGUAUUACUUAUGAUGUUGUUUUGUACAAUGUUUAUAUUACUGUAUGGUUUUAUAAGUGGAAGUACAGGUUAUUACCCGAAUUACUAAUGAAUGCCCAGGAAGUAAUUUUCUUCUCAUUCUUCUAAAACUACUGUCUUCGAGAGCACACGCAUACUCACGUGCACACUGCGCCCAUUGCUCUGGUCUCAGUCACAUGCACGGGCACCUUUGUGGCUAGUAAGCCAACGUACUGGGCUGCAAAAUGAAGACACUGGAGUAGUGUGUGUCCAAGUCUCAUUGUAUUGAAGAAGCUGGUUUUCUAACUGUUUCUUGUUGUCUCUUUGAUAGUCUUAUUUGUCCCUAGAGCUCCCCAUCAAUGUUCCCCGUCCUCUUUUUGUUAUACACAGUUCCACAAUCUUGUUUGUACAACUUUCUAGUCUUGCCCUAAUGUUAUCAUAACUUCGAGAUUGUACCUAUAAUCACAGACUGCUGUCUCACAAAUAGGUCUUGAAAGUCAUUCUGAAUGAGAAGUAAAUUAUUUUCUGUACUACAUUUUGAGUGUGUUUUCAGUUGUAUUUCCAUCGCUCUUUGAUACGGUGAGCCUGCCUGCUGCUGGUCCACACAGAGACUACUUCUUCCGUAUG